AUGGACGCAGCAGCGAUGCCAUGUCGGGCACACAGCAAACCUUCCCAGAAACAGAAGCCGGGGCGCAAGAAGAAAGCGUCCAAGCAGAGCAACAAUAACCAUGAGAAAGUCACUGCGCCUCCUUCAGCCACGGCCGGUACGCGCCGCUCGCGUCGGGAUAGCAACUGCAGUAGUGGUAGCGGUAUCGACGCGGACGACCGGCGGCCUUCCAUCGCGUCGGCCACAGAGCGUAUCUCGCCCGGCCUCCACCCUCGCUUAUUCCGCAUUCUGAGCGAGGCUAAUGCACCGGCGCUGGCCAUGGAUAUGACGGGUCGCGUGACGUUUUGGAAUCACAAGCUGGCGGAGCUAUGCGGGCUUCCAAGCGUCGAUGUGGUUGGCCGGCCUAUCACAGAGCUCGUGACGGCCCACACGACGGCCGACGUCAUGCGUGGCCUGGAACAGGCGCGAUCCGAUAUCAACGCCACGGUAUACGGCGUGGAAAUUGAACUGAACACGCCCGAACUCGGCCGCAAUGUGAAGCUUCUUGUAAACUUGACCGUCGACGUGGAUGAUAAGAACAAAGCGUCGAGUGUCGUGGCCAUCGGACAGGACGUCACUGUGUGGAUGCAAGGAUCACAGUACGCGCUCGUAGCCCAGCAGGCCAACGCCCCCAUAGUAGAACUUGACCGAGACGGACGCAUUACACUAUGGAAUCCCAAGGCCGAGGCUCUCACAGGCUACGCUAUUGAUCAAGUCAUUGGCACCCCACUCGUCGACUUGGUGCACGACGAAUUCCAGGUGCUGGUGGCCGAAUUACUGGCGCGUGUAGCAUCCACCAAUACGUCUGUAUCGGAGCUCGAGUUGCCGCUUAAAACUGCGAGCGGCGCGCGAGUGGAGUUGCUGUUUAGCCUCACGCCUCAGGCCACCGUGGAUGGAGUGGACACGACGGUGAACCGUAUCGUAGCCAUUGGGCAGGACGUGACGGCCCGUAAUGCGAGCGAGAUGGAGCACAGCAAACUGGUGGACUCGGCCAACGCGCCCAUUUUUGGCGUGGAUACCGAGGGUUGUGUGGUGAUUUUCAACAAGAAGGCUGCACAGAUCAGCGGGUACUGGCCGGGCGAGGUCAUGGGCGUCGAGCUGGUGUCGUUCUUGAUCCACGAAGACUAUCGCGAGAAGGUAGCCGCAGUUUUCCAGAAGGCGCUACGUGGCAUUGAGACGGCAAACUUCGAGUUUCCCCUCAUCACAAAGGACGGCCGGAGGGUGGAGAUCCUACUGAAUGCUACACCGCGUUACAAUCAUGCCGGGGCCAUCGUCGGAGUGGUCGGUAUUGGACAGGAUAUUACCGAGCGCAUUGUGCAGGAACAAGAGUACAACCGUCUUAUUGACACGGCCAAUGCGCCUAUCGUGGGCGUGGACAAGAAGUUCCGCGUGACGAUUUGGAAUAAGAAGGCGGCCACCCUCACAGACUAUUCAUAUACACAGGCGAUCGGCAAGGAUCUGCUCGGCUUUAUCGCUGAACACGCACGCGACACGGUAGCAGAUGUGCUGUCGAAGGCUAUGGGAGGUGUGGAGACUCCGAAUUUUGAAUUUCCGCUUGUGACGAAGACUGGGAGACAAUUAGACAUUCUACUUAAUGCAACGCCGCGGUUCGAUCACAGCGGCGCUAUUACCGGCGUGGUAGGCACCGGACAAGACUUCACUGACCAGCGCGCGCAGGAGGAGGAGUACAUCCGACUGAUUGACACGGCCAAUGCGCCGAUUUUUGGUAUUGAUAUGGAUGGGCGUGUAGACAUUUGGAACCGCAAGGCGGUAGCGAUCACAGAGUACACGGUACUGGAGGCGCGAGGAACACGACUCGUGGAGAGUUUUAUUCCCCACGACUAUCGCGCUGGAGUGUCAGACGUAAUAUCGAAAGCCAUGGAGGGAGAAGGCACGGCUAACUUCGAGUUCCCGCUUAUUACGAAGACUGGACGACGAGUAGAUAUUCUGCUGAACGCCACGCCACGGUACAACCAGCACGGAGAAAUUGUGGGCGUUGUGGGUAUCGGCCAAGACAUCACGGAGCGUAUCGUACAGGAACAGGAGUACAGUCGCUUGAUCGACACGGCCAAUGCUCCGAUUUUUGGUGUCGACAUGGCAGGUCUUGUGAAUAUCUGGAACGAUAAGUCCGCCGAGAUCACGCAGUUCACCGCCGAUGAGGUCAUGGGCAAGGACUUGGUGCAGGAAUUUAUCUCGGAGGGAUACCGUUCUGCUGUGGGCCUGGUACUAUCGCAGGCAUUGAACGGAGUGCAAACUGCUAACUUUAAUUUCCCGCUCAUCACUAAGUCGGGACGUCGAGUCGAAAUUUUGCUGAAUGCCACGCCACGGUAUAAUGAACUGGGAGAAAUCGUUGGUGUGGUGAGUAUUGGCCAGGAUAUUACGGAACGGAUCGCUCAGGAGCAAGAGUACAGUCGUCUCAUUGAUACUGCUAACGCUCCUAUCUUCGGAGUGGACAAGGAAGGCUGUGUGAAUAUCUGGAACAAGAAGGCUGCGGAGAUUAUGCAGUACUCGAACGACGAAGUGGUGGGGGAGAACCUGGUUGAAAAGUUCAUCACGGAAGACUACCGGGAAGCUGUGGGCGCUGUUUUGUCCAAGGCUCUUGAUGGAUUUGAGACGGCGAAUUUUGAGUUCCCGCUGGUGACAAAAGCAGGUCGUCGCGUGGAGAUUCUGCUGAACGCCACACCUCGCUUUAACGAGCACGGAACGGUGAUUGGUAUGGUGGGUAUCGGCCAGGACAUCACGGAUCGUAUCGCACAGGAACAAGAGUACGCUCGAUUGAUCGAGAAGGCUAACGCUCCCAUCUUUGGCGUCGACUCGGAAGGAAAAAUCAAUAUCUGGAACCAUAAAACUGCUGAGAUGACGCGAUUCUCGAAGGAAGAAGCGGUUGGCAAGGAUUUGAUGAGCUGGGCGAUCCCUGAACAGUACCGUGAUGCUGUAGAAACCAUCUUGUGGAAGGCAUUGGAGGGCGAUGAGACGUCAAACUUUGAUGUGGAGUUGAAGAAGAAAACUGGUCGUACUGUCAACAUCCGCAUGAACGCGACGGCGAGGUUUGACCAGCACGGUCAGAUCGUAGGCGUCGUGGGCAUCGGUCAGGACAUCACGGAUCGUAUUGUGCAGGAGCAAGAGUACACGCGCUUGAUCGACACGGCGAAUGCUCCGAUCUUUGGCGUGGAUGCUAAUUUGUGCGUGAAUAUUUGGAACAAGAAGGCGGCACAGAUCACCAAGUAUUCUACUGCCGAAGUGAUUGGCGAGAAUCUGGUGGAGACGUUCAUUUCUCCGGAGUAUCGACCUGCCGUGGCGGAUGUGUUUAGUAAGGCUCUGAACGGCAUCCAGACUGCCAACUUUGAGUUCCCAUUGAUCACUCGCCCCGGCACACGCAUUGAGAUUCUCCUGAACGCCACACCUCGUAAUGAUAUGCAUGGGAAUAUCGUCGGUGUGGUGGGUAUCGGCCAGGAUAUUACUGACCGUAUCGCACAGGAACACGAAUACUUCCGACUGAUCGAUACAGCGAACGCCCCGAUCUUUGGUGUGGACACGUUUGGAUGCGUAAAUGAGUGGAACCAGAAGAUCGAAGAGAUAACGGGCUACCACAAGUCGACGGUCCUUGGGUUGUCAUUGGUUGAUGCGUUCAUUAAUGCUGAGAAUCGAUCGGAAGUGCGGAAGCUACUGAACCAGGCGCUGAUUGGUAUUGACGUCGGGGAAAUGGAGCUGCCGAUGACGACUGCUGCUGGACGUUCCUUGCUACUGCUUGUGAAUGCUUCUAGCAAGAAGGAUAUGCAUGGGAAUAUCCGGGGAGUUAUCGGAGUGGGUCAAGACUAUACCGCGAAGAAACACAUGGAGGCGGCGAAGGUGAAUUUCCUCGCGUCGUUCAGUCACGAGCUGCGAACUCCGCUCAACGGUGUGCUCGGUAUGCUGGAACUGCUACGCGACCAGAAGCUGGACAAAACGCCGGAGCGAUACGUGCACAUCGCGUACAUUUCUGGAUCGCUACUGCUGAAUCUCAUCAACGAUAUCCUUGACUUGUCGAAGAUUGAAGCAGGACACAUGGAGAUCUCGGCGGAUCCGUUCCAGAUGGAAGAUCUGUUGGAGUAUUCCGUGGAGAUUUUCAAGUUCAAGGCGCGCGAGAAGCACAUCAAGCUGAAACUGGAAUGCUCGCCAAAAGUUCCGAAGCGCGUCAUUGGAGACGUAAGUCGACUGCGUCAAGUGCUACUGAACUUGCUCUCGAACGCUAUCAAGUUUACGAACGAGGGAUCCAUUACAGUCCGUUGCAACAUGGUGCCGUCUCCAGAUCUGCCUAAGCAUUGCGUGAAGCUUCUGUUCCAAGUGAUCGAUACCGGUGUCGGCAUGGAUGACGAGGAGAAGUCGAGACUGUUCUCGCUGUUCACGAAGCUGGAGCGUACGCGCAAGAACAACCCCACUGGCUCGGGCUUGGGUCUUGCAAUCUGCAAGCAACUUGUGGAGCUCAUGGACGGCGAUAUCGAUGUUGACAGUGAGCUGGGCGAAGGAUCCGAGUUCUUCUUUACGGUUGUGGUGCGUCGUCCGGAAGAUGAAGAAGAUGAGAUGAUUCAGAAGUUCCCUGCUGUGCUGGCUGCUGAGCCCGGUGUUGCUCCCUCUCUAGCAGGUAAUAAUGCACGGCAUAACGCGUCCGUGUCGGAGCUGGUGCCCAAACAUGCUCGUAUCUUGGUGGUGGAAGACAAUGAGUUCAACUGGGAAGUCGUCAAGAGCUUCUUCAUGGAAGAUAACCAUCUGCUGCAGUGGGAAACCAAUGGUCUGGACGCGUAUCAAAUGUAUCAGGAGCACCAUGACUCGUACGACAUUGUGUUGAUGGACUGUGAGAUGCCAAUCAUGAACGGAUACGAUUCCGCGCGCAACAUUCGCGUCUUCGAGAAGCAGCACAAACUCGCGCGUAUCCCCAUCAUUGGCGUGACGGCGUAUGCUAUGAGUGGCGAUAGAAAGAAGUGUCUGGAUGCUGGAAUGGACGAGUUUAUCGUCAAGCCAAUCUCCAAGACAGAGCUGCGCAAGGCGAUCCGGAAGUGGAUGCGCGUCCGCUUCUUGGGUCAACACUGUCCUCGAUCCUCGCGAGUGGAAUCGGUGAAUGCAGCCAGCGAUGAUGCUGAUGGUUCAUGCAACCAGAACGCUGCCAACUUGGUGGCGGCGUCUCGACACAAGGAGAAACUUGACCUCGACCGAGCCAUUUCCGACUUAGAACUCGAAGACCCCAUGAUGAUUGGCCAGCCGGGUGGAAUUCAAACCGCCGCGGGAUCAGAAGCGCUGCUGAUGUCCCUCACGACUAUCAGCGAGACCAAGAGCAACUCGACGAGCUCGGGAACUGUCGGACGCACCAUCGGACCUGUGGAAAUUCAACGUGAGACGCCGGAAUUGUCGAUGCCACAGCCCAAUGGCGCGCCGCCUACACAUCCUGGAAACCUCGUAAAUGCAUCGAAUAUCGUCGGCACGAACUUGUUCGCUGCAGCUAAAGCAGCGGGUAUCUAUCCGAUGAAUGCGGAACCUACUCCUUACUCGAGUCCGAACUCGUUCGCGUCGAGUGACGGGAACAAUCAGCAAGACUCGGACAGCUCGACGAGUCUCGCGAACAAGCCGGUGCGAGCGUACUCGUCUACGAUGGCUCCAGAAGACAUUGUGAUCCCAACCGGUGACCCGAUUGAUUAUUCCUUGGGUGUGGAGCAAUGUGGUGCGAAUGAAAGUCUGUUUGUGAGUCUACUGGAAAAGUAUGCGGGUUUGAGCGAGGAGUUCAUGCGGCGCAUCGAGGAAGCGUACUCGACGGAGGACUUUGUUGUGUUGCGACGCGAGAGUCACUCGCUCAAGGGAUCGUCAGCUUACGUCGCUGCUCUGCGCGUGUCCAAGGCUGCAUUCCGCGUGCAACUAGCUACUGAACAUGUGAUGGACGAGUCUGCUACGGAAGACAACUUCGACUCAUUGAAGGAUGCGUUCCAACUGCUCAAGAGCGAGCACCGUGCUCUACGUGGCUAUCUUCGUCGCAACUUUUCUUUCCGCACGAGUAUUGGCAAUGGAAGUCAGGAAGCCAAGAAGAAGAACAAUGGAGGAGGAGACAACGCCUGCGUUGUCAUGUAA